AUGAGGCGUAAAAUUAAAGAACCUUUCUCUAAUGGUAAAAGCAAGAACCAAACAGCGACCAUCCGUGAGCUGAAAAUCAAAGAAGAUUUUGAGCACGGAGAAAUGUUGAGACAGCCGUCAAACAGUAUUCCGCCCCAGCAGUCGGGGGCAGCGGUUGGAGCUACAACUAAUAACAAACCUGAGAACGGCCACCCGGUACCCCAGCCGCCGUCCACAAACGAACGGAAAACUUUUUGUCCUUCGGAAAAUAAACCGUGCGAAAUGGAAGCCAGUAAAGCAUAUGGAACGUUUAAAAACGCCGCGCCUGGACCAACGUUUGAUUCCGUGAACUCUGCUGUGCGCAAGGAUUCCACCGGUCAAAUGGAUGGUUCGACCGCUACACACGGUAAAGCCACGUCGGGCGUGAUGUCCAAUAACCAAGGCGCUGUAAGGAUCGCGGCGGAGCAUAAUAACACCACUGGUGACUGGACCUCUAUGAGCCAGACCACCAUCAUAUUGGGUACAGAUGGCAAUACAUCUGUUCUGCCUGGCACGUUGACCGGGGAUGACGAUGAUGAUGCGGGAGGAGACGAGAAUAAAGCCCGGGGAAACUGGACCAACAAAAUGGAUUUUAUUCUUUCCAUGGUGGGCUAUGCCGUGGGGUUGGGAAAUGUGUGGAGAUUCCCAUAUCUUGCAUUCCAGAAUGGUGGAGGUGCGUUUUUGAUACCUUACCUGAUCAUGUUAGGCCUCGCCGGUAUACCUAUAUUUUUGCUGGAAGUGUCGUUGGGUCAGUUCGCCAGUCAAGGACCGGUGUCUGUAUGGAAAGCAAUUCCGGCUCUACAAGGUUGCGGGAUUGCCAUGUUGAUAAUAUCUGUCUUGAUAGCCAUAUACUAUAAUAUUAUUAUGUGCUGGACAUUGUACUACCUGUUCGCUUCGUUGAAGGGCAUACUGCCAUGGGCCACGUGUAAAAAUGAAUGGAACACCAUCGAAUGCAAAGACAAAGACAUGCUGCUUUUGGAUUCGUGUAUACUAAGGGACAGAAACAUCACAUCUAUCAAGAACACUACAUUCUGUUUAUCUGCAAAUGCUGUUGGGAAUUUAAGUAAACUGUUGAAUGUCACAGCGGAUAACAAAACUUAUGUCAGCCCAAGUGAGGAGUAUUUCAAGUAUAAUGUGUUGCACAUUUCCAAGGGUAUUGAAUACCCAGGGGACAUUCGUUGGCCCUUGGCAGCUUGCCUUUUUUUGGCAUGGCUUAUCGUCUAUGCCUCUUUGGCUAAAGGGAUCAAGUCCUCAGGGAAGGUGGUGUAUUUCACUGCCACUUUCCCCUAUGUGGUUUUGGUCAUUCUGUUGAUCAGAGGGGUCACUCUGCCUGGAGCAGGCUCUGGCAUCCUUUACUUCAUAACACCCAAAUGGGAAAAACUCAAUGAUGCCAAGGUGUGGAAGGAUGCUGCUACACAGAUUUUCUUCUCUCUGUCAGCUGCAUGGGGUGGUCUUAUAACCUUGUCAUCCUACAAUAAGUUCCAUAACAACUGCUACAGGGACACUCUCAUUGUGACGUGUACUAACAGUGCCACCAGUAUUUUUGCUGGUUUUGUAAUUUUUUCAGUUAUUGGCUUCAUGGCUCAUGAGCUCAAAGUCCCAAUUGAGAGUGUGGCAGAUGAAGGUCCAGGAAUUGCAUUUGUGGUGUACCCAGAGGCGUUGACUAGGCUGCCGUUGUCACCAUUCUGGGCAAUUAUCUUCUUCCUCAUGCUGCUUACACUUGGUCUGGAUACUAUGUUUGCCACCAUAGAAACAAUAGUGACCUCAGUUUCUGAUGAAUUCCCCAAGUACCUGCGAAAGCACAAGCCUGUGUUCACUUUGGUUUGCUGUAUGUCAUUUUUCGUUCUGGGCUUUCCUAUGAUCAACGAGAGUGGAAUGUACAUGCUUCAGCUGGUCGACACAUUUGCAGCCUCUUACUCUCUGGUCAUCAUUGCAAUAUUUGAACUGAUUGGAAUCUCGUACAUUUAUGGUCUGCAACGAUUCUGUGAAGACAUUGAAAUGAUGAUUGGGUUCCAGCCAAACAAGUUUUGGAGAAUCUGCUGGGCCUUUGUCACACCAACCAUUCUUACAUUUAUUUUGGGACUUAGUCUGUACCAAUGGAAGGUGAUGACAUAUGAGGAUUACACGUAUCCAACUUGGUCCAUGGUACUCGGCUGGCUUAUGGUCAUCUGCUCUGUUAUAUGGAUUCCCAUCAUGUUUGUUAUCAAGAUGCACCUUGCACCUGGAUCAUUAAGUGAGCGCUUGAAGCUAGUGUGCUCUCCUCAGCCUGACUGGGGUCCAUUCUUGAUGAAACACCGUGGAGAACGCUACAAGAACAUGAUUGACCCACUAGGCACCAACUCACUUGGCCUUAAACUCCCCCCCAAAGAUUUCUUACUCUCAGCCCAAUAUCAGUAA